ACGUUGGUUUCUCUGCCACAAAUGAAUGAGGGGCAAAGAGAGGUGUCUUCUUUGUUCCUGGAGCCUGCUCUGGAAUUAUCCUCGUACUAUUCAGAGACUGAGAAGUGCGGAGUGUGGUGGCAGUGCGCAACAGAGCCAGCCCUCGGUGAGGCCGCAGCUCCUCUCUGGCUCCCAGUCAUGCCCUGGCAGCUCUCUGCAGCAGUAGUGCUCUUCAUGGCCCUGGCUGUGAUUUUGCAUUAUGGCAGCCAAACAAGAGCAAAAGUGUUUCCAGAAACUGCGGAAUAUCAACCUACAACCGCAGCAACAGUGCAAGCCAUAGCAAAACCUUUCCUGCAACCAACUCACCAAGUACCUCCCAAAACUUCAGCAGCAAGAUCAACGGAUGGUCAUGUCACCUCUCAAAGAGCUGCCACAACCCCCAGCUCUGAGCCCCCAGUCACAAUAAAAACUCUAGGAACAACUUCCUUGGUAACUAUAAACAGUACCCCAUCUACCAGCCCCAGGAUUCACACCCUAGUCACAACCCUGGUCACACCCAGUAACUCAGACACAACUGCUCCAGGCACCGAGGCUUCCAUUGGCUCCAGGGCACCGCCAGGUUCACUGCCACCCACCAUCACCCCACCAGCCCACACAACAGGAAACUGCCCCACAGCUAGGAAAAGCACCCAACCCAGUAACCAGACCAACCUUCCAGCGACGUUGUCCCCCUCACCACCCACGCACACCCCACCUGCACACAAUACCACCCAGACGGCCUCACCUGCCACCAUGGCUCCUGGGCCCACUCUGGCACCUCAGCCUUCAUCACCCAAGACCGGAAUUUAUCAAGUUCUAAAUGGAAGCAGGCUCUGUAUCAAAGCAGAGAUGGGGAUAGAGCUAACGGUUCAAGACACAGAGUCGGUUUUUUCACCUCAGAGAUACUUCAACAUCGAUCCCAACACAACACAAGCCUCUGGGAACUGUGGCUCUCCAAAAUCCAACCUCCUCUUGAAUUUCCAAGGCGGAUUUGUGAAUCUCACAUUUACCAAGGAUGAAAACUCAUAUUAUAUCAGUGAAGUGAGAGCGUAUUUGACAGUCUCAAAUCCAGAGAAAAUUUAUCAAGGAAUGAAAAGUGCCAUGAAGAUGUUUGAGACCAUGGUUGGGCAUUCCUUCAAGUGUGUGAGUGAGCAGAGCGUCCAGCUGUCAACCCACCUUCUACUAAAAACAAUGAAUGUUCAGUUUCAAGCUUUUGAUUUCGAAGACGACCACUUUGGAAAUGUUGACGAGUGUUCAUCUGACUACACAGUUGUGCUUCCUGUGAUUGGGGCCAUUGUGCUUGGUCUCUGCGCUGUGGGUUUGAUUGUCUAUGGAAUCCGCCUAAGACGGGAAUCAUCUGGAUACCAGAGAAUCUAAUUGGUGCCCAGAGGAAAAGAAAAUAAUGGAGUUUAGAGAAUUCUUUCUUCAUUUCCAGGAUGUUGGGGGCUUCCCUUAGAGUGAGUCCUUCCAACAAUGUAAACCACCAUCUUUCACAAAAACCAAGUCGUUUCUGAUUUAAAUUCAAGCAGCAAAUCAAUUUCUACAUAUUUUUUGUUUAUUUUAUGAAAGUUCUAGUGAGCUGCUUGAGUAUUUUCCAAUUUCCUUCAAAAUAUUUUAACCAUUCAAAUCAACAUUUGAGAUAUGUUAAAUUAACAUAAUGCAUAUAAAGUGGUAUAUGCUCCCAAAUCAUAAACUAAAAUGUCAGUUGUAACUAAUGCUACCUGUGCACAUUGGGAUUUUAUUUUAUCCUUCGUCUUUCCCAAUUAAAAAAAUGCCUCUGCUUUGUCUAUAAAAUGGACUUCCAGCACUUUGCCUAUUCAUGUUUUAUAUGAUAUAUAUGUGUGUGUCUGAUGAUCUGCUUACCUCCUUUUCCACUUUAAUUUUUUUAAUCAUCUAAAAACCCACUAUAUCACAGUUUGUCUACAUUUGAUGUGAUGCCAACAAGACAAACAAAUCAGCUGAUACUUUUCAUCUUGCUGACUACUCCUGCAGAAUCACUAGGUGGCUACAAACAACAGAAUUAAAUAAUAAGCAAGAAACAUUACCCUUAAUAUUUGAACAAAUUUAUGCCAGACACUUGGCUAAGUUUAGAUACAUCCCAUUUAAUUCCCCCAAGUUAUAGAUGAGUAAAUUCAGAAUUAAGGGAAUUCAUCACCUCAGUGUCACCCAGCUAACAAAUGGCAGAGCCAGAAUUUGACUGCCGUUUGGUCUAGUGCCAAGGUCUCUGGACUUCGCUACAUCAACUUGGCUACAAGAACAGUGACACUGAAUGCUGACCGAAGCCUCACACCAGCACAUGCUCUUUUUUUCACAGAGAAAAGGAAUUUCUCCAGAAUCAUAAGAGAUAAAGGGACACGGAAGGGACUUGAUGGAUAAUGAAAUAGCAGAUCUUUAAUAAAGUAGACUGAGGGGCUCUGUAAAACAUCAAUUUCUCUUUUUUAUGGGGCUGUGCAGCUGUGGAUCUAAAGAUAAAGGAAUGGAGUAAACAUCUCAAGUCAUUUUUUAUUUCUUUGAAAAUAGAGAAAUCUUCUAACCUCUAACCAACUUUUCUUUCUUGAAUGUAGAUCUCCCCCUUGUGGUAACUUGCUUCUUCUGCUCUGUUAGAACCACAUUUUCUAUUCUAGUACCCUUUAUUCUGUAGAGCAGCCUGCCAAGAAUUGUAAUCACUGCUUGUUUUUAAAACUAAAAAAGGGAACUAAGCAUACUAAAAAAAAUACUACAUACCCGUAGGAUUCUUUGGAAAAAGAAUAAUUCAGGUCACCCCAGAGUACCUAUUGGCUCUCCUGACUUGUUCCCUUACGAGUCAGUUGGCUUGGCAAGGUCCUCAGUUUAGUCUUAAUGGAACAUUGAAUUGUAUUAAAAGGUUUUGUAAUAAAAAUUGUUUUGGAGGUUAAUUUA